GUGACUGCCGUUACCGACUCCAAAGUCCGAUGCAAAAAAGCCCAAGUGAACAGUGUCGCUUCCUUCCAAGCUAACACAACUUGGUUUUCCAACUUGUCUGACAAAAAGUGCUUUUUGGAUCCUUCCAGGAUUGGACAUCCAGUGCAAAAAUCGGCCCACAUGCUGGUGGCACCGAGCGAACAAGAGCAAUCAUGAUACAAGAAAAGAAAUUAGGCGCUUAACGAACAUCGACUGGCCGCGGCUCGAAAGGGUUGAGAGGAUUUUGUCGGCGAAAACGAGUCUUCCGGUGUAUCGAGAGUUUGGCAGGCGAUCGUAGGCGAAGCGAGUGGUGGAGAGUUUAGUUGGGGCAUGAAGCCUGGACGUGGCCCGGCUGCUUGCACUUGUAGCAGACGCGCUCAUUGGAGGUCUCGGAUGGGCAGUCGCGACUGAGAUGACCGACUUCGCCGCAGUUGUAGCACUUCUGGCCUUGGGUGCAGUCGCGAGACAUGUGGCCGUAGCCACCGCAAGAGUAGCAGGUCGUCUGUCGCUGUCCUCCGCCGUAGCCACCGGCUCCACCGCCAUAUCCUCCUCCGCCGUAUCCGCCUGGGGCUCCGCCGUAGCUACCGCCGCCAUUCUGAGUGCACGAACGGGCGAUGUGACCGACUUUACCGCACUUGUAGCAUUCUUGACCGGAGCUUCCCGCUCCUCCUCCGAAGCCUCCAGGGGCCGCUUCGGUCGGGCAGUCACGCGAGACGUGGCCGGUUUGGCCGCAUCGGUAGCAGGUUUUCUCGGCCUGCGGCUGGGUACACUCGCGGCUCAGGUGGCCCUUCUCGCCACAGUUGUAACAAGUGGGGUUUCCCUUGGACGGGCAGUCGCGCGCUUGGUGGGUAGUGUCACCGCCUUAACACCAUUAGUAUUGCCCACCACAAUGUGUAAUUGCAACAAAGCUUCAGCGAGGUACAAUAAACAAGCGCGAGUAAGCAAGAGUCCAUGGAACCUCGAGGCCUUUGAUAUGCCGUGCAUACAACAAAGGUUCUCGAAGUGGCAUUUUCUCCAGGCCGCUGACUGGGAGACAAGCUCGAGGCGAAACAGACGGUGAACAUGGGGUUGAGUCGAGAUUGACAAGGGGGACGCUGAAUCGAAGGUUGGGUGCGUGAUACAUGACUUUGAGGGCAAAUGAAGAUCAUAGUCGAUCGAAUGUCUCGCGAGAAGAGGGCGGGCAAAGCACAAUGCGAGAAAAUCGAGGGCGGUCAGUACGUACAGUUGUAGCAACCGCGUCCUCCACCUGGGGCAGCACCGGCGUUGA